UUGCAGUGCAAUUAGAUUCAAGGUGUCGAAUAGCGCUGUGACUCCGACGUGAUCCGCGACGGCCGAGAGCUCGAUGGGCUCGCAUAAUUCGUAAAAAAUAUCGAGUAACUUGCUGCGGAAGAGGGCCAUCGAAGUGGCCAGCUAACAAUGGACCACUUCUCCACCGUACUGCAGCGACCACCUCAUUUUGAUGAGGAUGGGAGCAAUGGAGCUGUGGGCGAGGAUCGAGGUCCGCGCGGGGGGUUGCGCGACAUCUUGAACCCGAUGAGCGCGACAACACAGCCAGGAACGCCUGGAGCGCCUGCGCCGCCUCGACCGCACUCGUCAUUUAACCUACGAUCCCCGACCCAACAAUCCGAUUACCACCAUCCGAACACUUACGCCGCCUCGCCAUCAUCUGCCGCGGGUCAGCCAUCGGGAUCCCGUUCAAUUCUGAACAACCCAUUUGGACCCGCGCCCUCCUCGUCAUUGCCGCCACCGUUGCAAGCUCCACCAAACAUUGUGUCGGCGGCGACAUCGUCAGGCCUGCAGCAUCCGCCGCGGUCACCACUGCACGCGCCACCCGUUUACUACCCAGCAGAAAUACGCGAUCGCGAUCCGAUACGCGAGAAAUCGAGAGCCAGCAGUUUUUACGACCCGACAACUGACGGCAAUCGAGACCGCGAGCGCAGGGUUUCAGAAACUGGCUCCUGGCGCUCCAGUGCGCAGGCCUCUCCGCCAAAGGCUCGCGACCCGUACAAUUAUUCGCAAUCUUCCGCGGAAUACUAUAACAACGGGACCUACGCAUCGCCGACGACAGCACCGUAUCGACCGCGGAGUCCCAGCGCGCAUCCCCAUCGUUCCCCGGCGGUAGGACCCACCAGUCCAUCGACCAGACCGCCCGUUAUCACCUCACCCAGCCUAAGGCACAUCGCGAUGCCCAGCGCGACCACCAACGGGACAUCGGUCCUGCCCGCUCUGGCACGGACCGAGUCACCAGCGCCUUCGUCCAAGACCCCGGCCUCAGGUACCCCGAGUCGGGCUGCGGGCGUCAUGUCUUUCUCCAACAUCCUUUCGAGCUCCGAGCCAGUCUCCAAACCCAGGCCGACCUCGCCGGUCCCUGUGGACGACACGGUCGUUGCCGUAGAGAAGAGGGAGAGGGCGGACAAGGAAAAGAAGCAACAUCGUAAGAGCAUGAAGACGUCACGCGUCUCGGACAUCAGGAGCAUCGAGUCGACCCCGAAGAUUCCCCGGAGGCCCGCCCAGCCGAAGGCCGACACCCCUUCUUCGGCACGAGUCCCGGCUAAGAGAGCGGCCAAUGGCGUUCCGAAGCACAAAGUCUUUUCUGCUGAGAAAGAAAAGAAGAUACGGGAGCUCAUGGAACAGCUCGAUUUUGAAGAUGUGGAUGCCACCGACUUCGAUGACGAGCUGAGCGCUUGGAAGGAGCGUGCACAGCGCCGCCGACAGGAAAUGAACCGGCGAGAUGUGACCCACCGACAGGCCCGGCGAAGCGACUACGCUAGCUUUGAGGCCGACAAACUCCAAUCACAUGCCGACUUCGGGAAAGGCCGAUACUACGAGAUCAAUUAUGACGAAGCUCUCAAUGAGGUGAGGGAGCAGGAGCUGUUCGCCGAGAAGGAGCGGAAGAAGGAUAUGCAGCGCAAGAGGCGGCGCGAGAAAUCCAUGGCAACAACCAUGGACCAGCGGGCUGCGGCUCUGGCGAGAGCUUCUGCUGCCCAAGACGAGGCCGAGAGGCAGAAGUACAUGCGUGAGGCCGAGCGUGCAAAUAAGAAGGUGCAGCAGACCAAGUACAUUUUGCAGAAAGGCCUCAAGGGCCCCGCCCGCAACAUGGGCCCGAUCGAACCGAACCUCGAGGGCGGAACAAUGGCUACUUUUUCGGCCGAAAACAUGGAACCGGGCAAGACCAAGGGCAAAGGCCGCUCUGGGGGCAGGCUCAAGAAAUCCAAGGAACAGAAACAAGCGGAGAAGGAAUCGGCCGAGGCUGCGCAGGCCGCCUUGGAUGCCGGCGAAGAGCUUCCCAGCAGGGAAGAAACCGCCAAGAUCCGCAUCAAGUUCAGCAAGUCGAAGGGUGGGAAAGACGACGCCGACAAGGAGAACAAGGAACCGAAAGAUUCCAAGGACAAGGAGAAGGCUGCCGAGGAGCCCAAGGACACGCUAGAGACAAGGUUCCAAUCCAAGGGUUUCAACCAGAUCUACGACCAGAUUUGGCGCGAUCUGGCGCGAAAGGAUGUGAACAAGGUCUUCAGGCUGGCGACCGAUUCGUACUCGACCAAGGCAUCCAACCUCAAGAAGACGGCUAUUUUGGCGUCCAAGGAAGCGAAGCGAUGGCAACUUCGGACCAACAAGGGCACCAAGGAUUUGCAAGCGCGCGCCAAGCGUGUCAUGCGUGACAUGAUGGGUUUCUGGAAACGGAAUGAGCGCGAGGAGCGUGACCUACGGAAGGCUGCCGAAAAGCAGGAGCUCGAGAACGCUCGUAAAGAGGAAGCCGACCGCGAGGCCGCCCGCCAAAAGAGGAAGCUCAACUUCCUUAUCUCGCAGACCGAGUUGUAUUCUCACUUUAUCGGCAAGAAGAUCAAGACGAACGAGGUCGAACGCAGCACCGAUCAUCCGGACGUGGCCAAGGAUGACAAGGACAAAAUCCCGGACCACGAGUUGGACGUCGAUGAGCCCACGGGACCCGUCGGCAGCAAAGUCACAAACUUCGAAAACCUGGAUUUCGAUGCCGAGGAUGAGUCGACACUUCGUGCUGCCGCCAUGGCCAAUGCUCAGAAUGCCAUCGCCGAGGCACAGAAGAAGGCGCGCGAGUUUAACAAGGACGAUAACAACAUCGACGAAGAUGGCGAGAUGAACUUCCAGAACCCCACCGGCAUGGGCGACGUUGAGAUCGAGCAGCCGAAGCUUCUCAACUGCCAACUCAAAGAAUACCAGCUCAAGGGCCUCAACUGGCUGGUCAACCUGUACGAACAAGGCAUCAACGGCAUUCUCGCCGACGAGAUGGGUCUCGGCAAGACAGUUCAGUCCAUCUCAGUCAUGGCUUACUUGGCGGAGAAGUACGAUAUCUGGGGCCCGUUCCUUGUCGUUGCCCCUGCGUCAACUUUGCACAACUGGCAACAGGAGAUCACGAGGUUCGUCCCCGAGUUCAAGGUGCUGCCAUACUGGGGUACCGCGGCAGAUCGCAAGGUGCUGCGGAAGUUUUGGGACCGCAAGCACACGACGUACAAGAAGGACGCGCCCUUCCACGUUAUGAUCACCUCAUACCAGCUUGUGGUCUCUGAUGUUGCAUACUUCCAGAAGAUGAAGUGGCAGUACAUGAUCCUGGAUGAGGCCCAGGCCAUCAAGAGCUCCCAGAGCUCCCGGUGGAAGUGCCUGUUGGGCUUCCAUUGCCGCAACAGGCUGCUGCUGACUGGUACGCCGAUUCAGAACAACAUGCAGGAACUGUGGGCGCUGCUUCAUUUCAUCAUGCCGUCCCUCUUCGACUCUCACGAUGAGUUCAGCGAGUGGUUCUCCAAGGAUAUCGAGUCGCAUGCACAGAGCAACACCAAGCUGAACGAAGACCAGCUCAAGCGCCUGCACAUGAUUCUGAAGCCGUUCAUGCUUCGUCGUGUGAAGAAACAUGUCCAGAAAGAACUGGGUGACAAGAUUGAGCUGGAUGUGUUCUGCGACCUCACCUACCGCCAGCGGGCGAUGUACUCGAACCUGCGCAACCAGAUCAGCAUUAUGGAUCUGAUCGAGAAGGCAACCCUCGGCGACGACGACUCGGCUAGUCUCAUGAAUCUCGUCAUGCAGUUCCGGAAGGUCUGCAACCAUCCGGAUCUGUUCGAGCGCGCCGACACCUCUUCGCCCUUCUCCUGCGGUUACUUUGCCGAGACAGCCUCGUUUGUUCGAGAGGGCACGAAUGUUACCGUGGGUUAUUCGACGCGCAGUUUGAUCGAGUACGAGCUGCCCCGUCUCGUCUGGCGUGACGGUGGACGGCUACACAAGGCUGGCCCCGACAACUUGACUGCUGGUUUCCGCAACAGGUAUCUGGACCAGAUGAUGAACAUCUGGACGCCCGAGAACAUCCAGGACAGCCUUGAGGGUACCGACAACUUCACAUGGCUUCGCUUUGCCGACACCAGCCCGCAGGAAGUCUACAAGGCCGGCCACCAGGAUGCCUUUGCUCGUGCAAGGGACAUGGUCACAAAGAAGAACCGGCUGGGGGACAUGAAUGUUCUCUACAGCGAGCCCGAGGACCAGAAUUGGGCUCCUUCGCACGCUCUAUUCCAGAUCUGCGACCGCCAAGAUCGUAGGCCGCUGGCCGAAAUCACGGAACAAGGUGUGCUUGGCAACCUCAUGAACGUGGCUCGUUCGACUUGUGAUGAUCUCGGCCUCGGCCGUCUCGAACAAGCUGCGCGCUCGCGUGCAUCGGCUCCGCCAAUUGACGUUUCCUGCAACAGCCGUGGCUCCGUUAUCGAGCGUGAGAACAUCUUGUUCAAUCGCCAAAUGCGCAAGGCGCUGUACGGUCCGACACCCCCCGAAGCGAAAGCCUUUGUCACGCAAAAGGUCCCAGUUGAGCUCUACCCAACUCCUGCUCUCCUGCCGGCACCGGACAACGAGAAGCAGCGGUUCACCAGCAUCACGGUGCCAUCUAUGCGCCGCUUUGUCACUGAUUCCGGCAAGCUUGCCAAGCUGGACGAACUCUUGCGCCAAUUGAAGGAAGGCGGGCACCGUGUCCUUCUGUACUUCCAGAUGACCCGCAUGAUCGACCUGAUGGAGGAGUACCUCACGUACCGCAACUACAAGUAUUGCCGCCUAGACGGUUCCACCAAGCUCGAAGACAGACGAGACACGGUCGCCGACUUCCAGACGCGGCCCGAGAUUUUUAUCUUCCUUCUCUCGACUCGUGCCGGUGGUCUCGGCAUCAACCUCACGACCGCCGAUACUGUCAUCUUCUACGACUCCGAUUGGAACCCGACCAUCGACUCGCAAGCCAUGGACCGCGCCCAUCGUCUCGGACAGACCAAACAAGUCACCGUCUACCGCCUCAUCACGCGCGGCACGAUCGAGGAGCGCAUUCGCAAGCGCGCCAUGCAGAAAGAGGAGGUUCAGCGUGUCGUCAUCACUGGUGGGUCCUCGGCGGCUGGCGGAGGCGUCGACUUCUCAGGCCGUAGGGCGCCCGAGAACCGCAACCGCGACAUCGCCCUGUGGCUCGCCGACGACGAGCAGGCCGAGCUCAUCGAACGGCGCGAGAAGGAGCUGCUCGAGAGCGGCGAGUAUGACAAGAUCCAGAAGAAGCGCGGCGGCGGCAAGCGCAAGCGCGGUGGCGAGGCCGCGGCCACGGCUGCGGCAGCGUCAGUCAGCCUGGACGAGAUGUAUCAUGAGGGCGAGGGCAACUUCGACGACAAACAGGGCUCCGGCACGGCAACGCCCACGGCCGCCGGCGGCGACGACGGCCGGGGCGGCAAGCGCAAGAAGAUGGGCAGUAAGAAAGCCAAGACCACCAAGCAGCGCCUGGCUAUCGCGGAUGGCGAGAUUUAAACCCUCCUCCGACCGCUGCCUGGCUGCGGGCUCCCCGGUGGGGAUCAGUCGAAUAUCUCGAAUA